AUGCAUCAUAAUGAAUAUAACUGGUAUUCUACAAAUAGUACCAAACGAUAUCAGCGAACACUCGGCGGACAACCUCCUCGCGCUACUCAAUUUUCAGAUGAAGGACGAUUCCCUCUAGGAAGUUUCAGCGAUCCAGAAAAUGUUGAAAUGCGGAAGAAAAUUAUCGAGUCAGUCUCCGAAAACACAUUAAUCGAAUGGGUCGAACAUCAAAAGGGGAUGAGAGACAAGUGCUUAUUGAGAAAGCGUCAAUUGGGAAUCAAACAACCAGACGAGGAUGAACGUUACCGAACGUACCCUGAGAAAAGAUUCAUGACAGAAGAUGAUUUAGAAAACGAUACACAAGGAGCAAGUGAUGCUUCGCAGCCAUCAAGGAAUGACAGGAACGACUAUGACAGAAGUAAGUAUGUGCUGAUUCGAAAAGUUAACCCGAUUCCCACUACAUCUGCUCAGCCAUCUCCACGUUCUGCUGCUGAUAGCGAUCAAAUUUAUGUUGAUGAUAGUCAACCUUCCACUACUCAGGCACGUUUGAUUGUAUCUGGUAAGGAAAAUCAUAGAGAUAGGCAAGUCACAUCAAGUAAUGGUCAUUUAAAAAAAUCGAGAAAUGGAUCGGCACCAGCUGAGUUAUCAACGCGAAAACCAGUUACUGCGGAAAGAGCUACAACGCUUAAAGUCACAGUACCAUCAAGUUCGAGUAAUGCUGUUGAAGAAUGUAUUCUGAACAAAUACGGGCACUGUUUUGUACCUGGUAUUUGUCCAUUCUCUCAUAAUGGAGUUGUGAAGAACAUUGCUGGAAUUCAGAAAAAAGAUCGCCGCACCUGCCUGGCAGCGGAAGCUUCCUGA